UUUAAUAAAUAAAAGGAAAGCUUUUAUUUAAAAGUAAGAUAUUGGUAAAGGCUUAUUAUUGCUGUUUUCUGUUUAAUAAAUUGAAGGAAAGCUUUUAUAUAAAAUGAUUAUCUUUUAUUAUUGUUGUUCCCCUGUGAAAUUUUAUUCUUUUAGAUGAUUUUAAUAUUAAAAGGCUAUAGAUGGAAUUAAAUAAAUUACUGAUUAGUUGAUUUAAUCUCCGAAGAGUUUUUCGUUUACCAAGUAGCAAAAUAACAAUUUAAUGUUAGGCUGCUGGGUUUGAAAAAUAUGGAGGAAAAUCUUGCUACUAAAUUAUUGCAGAGAGCAGUAGAUUUAGAACAUAAUAAUCGUUUAACGGAGGCCUUAGUAUGUUAUCAAGAGAGUUUGGAAAUAUAUAUCAACCAAUUAAAAUUAUGUAAUGAAGAAGGGGCUAAAAAAGUCGCUCUAAGAAAAUGUGUAUCAUCUUACAUGGAUAAGGCUGAAAAAUUAAAAUCUUUAAUAGAAGCAAAAAAGGAAGCUGGCAAAUAUCAUGAGCAAAUAUUUAUUAAGGACAAUUCAAUUGGAUAUAGUUAUGAGUCAUUGUUUGGGCGUUUCAUAGAUGAAACAGUAACUUGGGUUAAUAUACAAGAUCCAUAUAUUAGAAGCGAUUAUCAAAUAUUUAAUUUUUUAAGGUUUUGUGAAUUAGUGUAUAAAAAGUCCAAUCACAAUAUCAAAACAAUAACUUUGAAUACUUCCAGAAAUGAAGAAAUGUCAUCAAAUCACCAAAAUAAUUUACUAAAACUAAAAUCAAAUUUGGAAUCAUCUAAUGUUGAACUUGUGAUUACUUUUUCAGAUAAAAUACAUGAUAGGGAAAUAAGCUUAGAAAAUGGAUGGAUUAUAAAAAUUGGAAGAGGUCUUGAUUAUUUUAAAUCUAUUGCCAAAUUUCAUAUUGGAUACUGUGAUUACGAUCUUCGACCUUGUUUUGAAACAACUGUGAAUAUAUUUAAUAAAAAAUCAGUUAAAAAUUUAUAAUAUUUUUACAAUUUCUUCUUGUUAUACUUAUGAAUCAUCAUGAUAGAUAG